AUGAUUGAUCAGUGUGUAGAUAAUCAAAACAUAGUGUUCGCAACAACUACAACGGACACUCCUCCAACAUACUGGUCUAUUCAUUUUGUAAAGUUCUUUCCAAAGAGUACAGACCAAGGGACACAGACCUGGCAAAAACAAGCAGAGGACGCAUCGGCCACACAAGAGCCGAUCCCCCCAUACCUCCCAUCCCCCACCCGUGAUCAGACCACAUAUGAAACCUAUCCCUUCACAUCUCCUCCACCAGUCACAACACCCGCUACCUCCACCCCAAACCCCUCCUCCACACCCUCCAUACCCAUACCCGCGACCAGCAAUCCUCCCCUCCCAAUACCCUCCCCUCUCUCCCUGCCCGCGGCCAGCCAGCUCCCUCGCGCCCUUGCUGACUCGCCGGCCGCCAACUCUGCUGAGCCAUCGACGUGCCCCUCGCCCGGCGCUCCUAGCCAGCAGACCCCCGCCCCUACAGACGCCCCCGCCUCCCCAAAGUCAACUAAGAGCCCUCCUGCCGUGAGACCCAAAACCAACACGCCAAAGAAGACCAAGGUGGAAGCUUCUACACAAGUAACACCUAAACGGAGCUUUAGAAAAAGUCAAAACAACAGGAGUAACAAUCAAAGAGAACAACUCGUCCCCAACCGCCACUGGGAAGAAACAGCUCAGCAGCAGGUGCAAGGGGCUACCGCCCAACCCGCUGCCCCCCCUCCUCCAGCAGCACCACCAGUCAUCAUUAACAACUAUGCAGAACGAGCAAAACCCACACAAGAUAUUGAUGAAGACGGUUACACCAAGGUCAAUUGUCACCCAGACACAAACGAAGAGGAUAUAGAAGAACAUCUAUCCGAAAAAGUUGAAAACAUAAGUGUCAUGGCCCAUAAGACAGUGAUGACACAUGAUUACUACACCAGCUUUACGGUGUCAGUAAGAGGAAAGAACAUAAAACCUGAACUAUUUUUAGACUCUGAUACUUUUCCUGACAAUGUUAAAGUGUUCCUAAACAAAAAUAAGUACAAGCGCGAUCAGAAUGUUUGA